AUGGAGCGCGGCCCGGGAGCCGCCCCGCGCAGGGGCGGCCGGCGCGGCGCGCGAGGCCUGGACGCCUUCGCGGCGGAAGCGGAGGCCGCGCUGAGAGCCUGCCUGGAGGGCGAGGGGAGCGCGGGGGGCGGCCCGGAGGCGAAGGUCCCGUGUCCUCUCGCCAUGUGGGAGCUCGGGCACUGCGACCCCAAGAGGUGCACCGGGAGGAAACUGGCCCGCAAAGGGCUGCUGCGGACCCUGCGCCUCCGCCAGCGCUUCCCGGGGCUCGUCCUUAGCCCUCUGGCCACCGAGUACGUCUCUCCCGCUGACCGGCAUGUCAUUGCUCAGCGUGGAAUUGCAGUCAUAGAUUGCUCAUGGGCCAAGUUAGAAGAAACUCCCUUUAACAGAAUGAGAGGAGGUCACCCACGGCUGCUGCCUUACUUGGUGGCUGCAAAUCCUGUCAACUACGGUCGGCCGUGCAAGCUGUCCUGCGUGGAGGCUUUUGCUGCAGCUUUUUGCAUUGCUGGAUUCCCAGACCUAGCCACAAUUCUUCUAAGGAAAUUUAAGUGGGGUGAGUCAUUUAUUGACUUGAACAAAAAUCUCCUGGAAAAAUAUGCAGCCUGUCAUUGCCAGGAAGAAGUGCUGAGAGUUGAAAAGGACUUUUUAGCCAGUGUCCAAGAAAAAAAAGAUGAAGAAAUAGAUCCAUUUGAUGUUGACUCAGGAAAAGAAUUUUCUAAUCCUAACAGACCCAUCCAUUCCCCAGGACUAGCACAAAGCAGUGAAGAAUCUGAGGAGGACAGCACGAGCACUCCAGACGAUGCCACUGAAAGUGAUGAGAACAGUCCAGAAGAUGAUAGUAAAGUUGCUGCAACAACAGCCAAUCAAUCAACUCCUGAAAAAUAAAAAAAAACCCAACCAACCAAAAUACCCCACAUACCACAAGGAAAUAAAAACAACCCAAAACCAUCCCAAAGAGUUGUAACAUAUUCUAUAAAGACAUUUUAUUGUGAA